AUGAAGUUUACGCCGGGUCUAGUUUUUGCGGCACUUGCAGUUACUGCUGCUAAUGCCGACACACCGAACACAUACCUACGCAGCUCUGGUGGCGAUGCGGAGUCCAAUCUUGAUUCGUCGAAAACUAACUCUCUGGACGAUGAAGAGGACGAUGAUAAUCUCGAGAUUGAUCUGAACGAGCUGUUUGGCGACACGAAGAACAUUGGCGAAAACGGCAAAAUCAACAUCUUGGAUCUGAUCGGCAGUCGAGACGGUCAGAUAAGAUUAGAAGAACUACUUGAAGCAUUGGAUGACAAAAUAGGUGGCGUUGAUUCUAAUGGAAAUAAUAAAUACCUGAAUCCCCACCAGGUCCGCGAUGUGGCUUCAAAAGACGAUGAUUCCUACAACGAUCUCUUUUCACUAUCAGGUAGCCUUGAUGAUAUGUUUAAAGAAUUCUUGAACCCGAAAUCCCUAAAGAGCACUCCAGUAGAGAAUGAUUUCAAAUCUGUAGACGGAACUCCGACGAAGACAGGCUCUGUUAUGAAGCAUCCGAAAGCUGUACCUCCUACAGAUGAUGGCAGUGACGAUUGGUUGUGGUUGCUUGGAUCUUCUGCAUAUGAUACGGGCUCCACGUUGAAGGGUGACACCGCAGACAAAGGCAAAUUAACUGAUGACGUUGGCUACUCAGCACUUAAAGGAAAAGGCGAUGGUCCUAUGGUACAGGACGAUGGGUACACUGACACCAAGGCAACGAAGGCAUAUGCAACUGCUCCUGUGGCAAAGGGUAACGGGUACAACUUACUUGCUGAUGACGACGACGCAAAUAACGGAUAUGGCAAGGACACAUUGUCAAAUGAUAGCUCUGCGAGCAAGGACGAUGCUGAUGACGACGAUGACGACGAUGACGACGCCGACGAAGUGGGAGCUAAGACCAAGGGCAAAUAUCCUUUGACAAAGGAAAGUGGGUACGGUGAUGUCUUUGCAACUAAAGGAAACAGCGAAGAUCUUUUAUUAAAUGAUGCUGGAUACACUGACACCGAGCCAACAAAGGCUCCUUCUGUGGCAAAGAGUAAAGGGUACACCUUACUUGACGAUGACGAUGACGCAAAUAACGGAUAUGGCAAAGACACAGUAUCAAAUGAUAGCUCUGCGAGCAAGGACGAUGCUGAUGACGACGAUGACGACGAUGACGAAGUGGGAGCUAAGACCAAUGGCAAAUAUCUUUUGGCAAAGGAAAGUGGAUACGGUGAUGUCUUUGCAACUAAAGGAAACAGCGAAGAUCUAUCAUUAAAUGAUGCUGAAUACACUGACACCGAGGCAACAAAGGCUGCUUCUGUGGCAAAGGGUAAAGGGUACACCUUACUUGACGAUGACGAUGACGCAAAUAACGGAUAUGGCAAAGACACAGUAUCAAAUGAUAGCUCUGCGAGCAAGGACGAUGCUGAUGACGACGAUGACGACGAUGACGACGUGGGAGCUAAGGCUGAUGAUAAAUAUCCUUUGACGAAGGGUAACGCCGCCUACAAAGUUUAUUCAACUGUUGACCACAAUGAAGAAGAGGUUGAUGACGUAUACUCUUCCAAAAAUCUCAAAGGCUCGAAGAAUAAGGAUGCUUCACCUCCCAAUGUUGGUCAUCUGUACGAAGAUAACGGGGUCGGUGUCGUUGGUGUCAGCGAGGAUGUUGUGAAGGAUUCAAAGGGCAAAUCGAUGAUGGUGGAAAACGAUCCUACGCAGAACGACCAUCGUUUGACGUAA